UGCUGAGGAGACCUCCACUCUUUCUGGUGAUUAAGGGUGAAUCUUGGUCUCCCACAGCUCUGGGAAUGAGCAAGAACUGAAUAAGUGGUCUGAGGAAGACGUGGGAGCCUGAAGGCAGGAAAUAACACUGAGAAGAGCAAACGAGUGACUAAUACUGGAUUUGCUGCGAAUUACUAUGCUUAUACACUGUACUUACUUCCUAUUUCCUUCCUGGUUAGACAGGUGCAUCAGCAACUCAUACUCCCUAUGUGUGGGCGAAGAGAAGUAAAGCUGGGAUUGCAUCUCUGUUGACUCCUCCGCAGAUUCAGCAUGAAUCAGGGAGAGAGAAGCACACAGACAUGCAGUCAGAAUGAAUAGAAAGAGGAGGACAGAGGGAGCGAGAAGCAGGCUGAGACAGCGAGAGAGAAGAGUGAAAGAGAGACAGAAGAUAUAUUUGACUAUGUGGGUGUGUGAAGUAUCAAGGCAUGCAUCAUAAUUGUGUAUUCUUCUUGGAGCAGCCGGACAUAACACUGCAGCAGCAGGACAUUACUGGUGUCAGAAAGUGUGUUAUUUUGUACUUUAAAACAGCCAGAGCUGUGAGCUUAGAGAGCAACACAAGAGACGUUUUCAAAGACAAAAUGGAAACUGUAUCCUUUCUGCUGCCACAAGGAUUUCAUUAACUGGGAUUAUAGUGAACACGAAUUAGUUGAAAGGAUGCUGACUGGGAAAUGAUGAUGCCUCUUCACUGUCAGUAAUCAAGAUUUCAAGUCACUAUUUUAUCUGAGAUGGCUGUCAGCCCUAUCAUCAUCUGCCUCCUGUCACUGAUUGGCUAUGGCUCCUGCCAUCCGUCUCCUCCUCCUCGGGGAUGCAGUGUGGAUGUGGACCCCUCAUACAGAGUGUUGUGUGACCUGGAAUCAGUCUGGGGUGUGGUUCUGGAGGCCGUGGCCUGCACCGGUGGCCUCAGCUCUCUGGUCCUUACUGUCCUCCUGCUAGUAAAGCUGCGCACCAUCUCUGACCCCACCAGGCGCUCCGGCAUGGGGCCUCUUCUCCUGCUCCUGGGCACGCUCCUCGGCCUCUUCUCCAUCUCUCUGGCUUUCUUGGUGGGGAAGAACCAGGCACUCUGUGUGGUCCGCAGAGCCUUCUGGGGGCCCCUGUUUGCCCUGUGCUUCUCCAGCUUGCUUGUGCAGGGUGUGAGGCUCAGGAGGCUGGUGGCUGGUAAGACGAGCCCAUCGGGCAGCUCCCUGGCAGCUCUCGGAUUGGCUUUGGCCUUGGUUCAGGGAAUCAUCUCUGCUGAAUGGGUCUUGCUGACUGUAGUUAGAGAGGGUCACCCGGCCUGCGAAUAUCCGCCUUUAGACUUUGCUCUGACAUGCAGCUACACCCUGGGGCUGCUCCUCAUAGCCAUGGGCCUUUCACUGGGGGUGGUGCUGUGUGGAGGAGAGAUGGGGGCAGAGGGAGCAGGUGGGAGUGAAGAAGAUAGAGAAGGAGAGAGUGAAAAACGGAGAUGGAAGUGUAAUGCCGUGUGGCUCUUCCUGUCCAGUCUUGCAUCAGCAUUGCUAUGGGUGGCCUGGCUGGGCUUUUAUCUUUAUGGCAGUCAGGCACUGAGGGGUAAAGGGAGAGGAGAAAGGUUAGGAGGAGGGAAAAAGGACAUAAACGUGUUGGAUGAGCCUGCACUGGCGGUGGCCCUGGUCAUUCAGGGCUGGAUCCUGCUGCUGUUCUACGCUAUUCCAGAGGCCCAUCUGUGUCUCUGGAAACCUCCACAAUCCAACACGCAAGACUUCUUUGACACCAGUCACACAUCCCCUCCUCCACAUUUUGGAGAUGAGCUGCCAGCACACUCUCACCGACCAUUCCCAGAAAACCAGGCCUUUUCUAUGGAGGAGCACAGUGCAACCCUUCGAACUGGAACAUACCACAGCAGCCACGGGAGCGUCCGUCCUGGUGGCAUCGCCUUCAGAGGUCAUGUCUACCAACCCACUGAGAUGGCUCUGGUCAUGAAUGGUGGCACAAUGCCCACGGCCCCAAUUAAUUAUACUGGACGACGGUUAUGGUGAUAUGGGACAAGACCUGAAGACGACGCACCGGUGUAACAUUGGUGUGAGUUGGUGGAAUUUCCUGUUGCCUACGAAGAUGACGUCACAUAUCAUGCAGUAUGAAUUUGAUGGGAGCUAAAUUUGUUUCAUGUAUUUGUGGUUUUGCACCUAUUUAUGAAUUUUGCAUUUUUAGGACUAACUCUAAUAAUAUUUCUGCUGAGGCUUUUUGGACUGCCUUUUUAUCAGGAGACUGGACAUGGAACCACAAGAGAGGAACGAGAAAGAGUCACUGUUUCCACAUUUUAAGAUAUUUUAUCACAACGUGAGAGCAUAUACAGUGCAUUAUUUUGACGAGCACAUAUAGUCUUCGGUGUAAUAUGUAAUGACACAGGGAAUGGGGGAUGUUUAAGAAGGGUUAAAGUUAUUAUGCACAGCUAAAGGUGAACCGGCGUUCCUUGUUGUACCGAAGAGGAGUGAGCUGCUGUUAGACAGUAACAAAGAAAACAUGAAAUGGUGACUUGAAUGCAGUGAAGCCUAAGCCGCUCUAAACUAAUGCUGUUGUAGUACUUACUGAUGCCAUCAGUGAUGUCUGCUUCAUAAAAACUACACUUUCCUUCUCUUUCUGUUUGGCAUAAUGUUCCAAGUCAUUAAAAAACAACCUUUGGGAUGUUUAUGUAAAUUACCUGCAUACGCCCACAAAGCUUGUUUGGCCCCUGUGAUACAUGCUGAAAAGCCCCAGAGGACUCAUAGUGUUUUUCUCUCAGUCCAUUAUCAGUGCUGUUGGACUGUUUGGCACACACAUUUCACCAUGUGUAUUAAUGAAUAUCAUAUAUUUAACACAGCUUGUACAGAGUUCUGGAGGAUCAUGUGAUGGAUGAGUAUUUUCUAAUAAGCAUAUCAUAAAAAGCCAUUUAAUACUGCAAUACCUUUGCUGCAGUAUAGACAGGGUUUACUGAUGGAGGUUGUAAUUUUGCACUUUAUCAGCGCUGAUCGUGUCAGGCAUUGUGAUAUUUGAGAUGUAUGAUCGUUUGACAUGCAUGUAAAGGCACAGUUUAAAGGUAAUGUAUUUUGUCAAAGUUAAUGUAUUUUGAAUGUUUUCUAGACUUUUGAUAUAUGUAUUGAAGAGAAAUACUAGGUUUAGUGUUGAGUUUCAAAGUUCAUUGUUGACACUGGAAACAGCAGUCAACAAAACAGUCUCAAACCCUGUUUGCUGAGGAAGACUUGUUGUUGGUUGAAAGCUCUGGAGCAACAGUGGAAUGAACCUUGAGGCCGGACUGUUUUGUUAACUAGUUUCAGCGUGAUUUCACCUCAAGUUUCCUCAAGCUUGCUUUGAAUUCAGUAAGGCUUUUGAUCAUUAUACAUUUUGCUGAAAGUUUUUCGGUAACAUCUCAUUAUAUUCUGGCAUUUGGGAUGCCUUUAAAUUUCAAAUCCAGCUGAAUAUGGAGAAAGCAUUCAGUCAUCCAUCACUGUGAAAAAACUGGAACAGAAAUACAGAUUUCUAACGACAGCAUUUGACUAUUGGGGUUCAGUUUCAGUUUCUUGAAUUAACAAUAUAUCCAGCUGAAAUUCGAAGAACAGUCAUGUUCAUGUGGUGACCAUGUAAUCUUGCUGUAAAACUAAAUAACCAAUUUGUCAACAAGUUUGCUUUUGUGAACAGCUGUGUGCUCUGAUAUUGUACAAUAAAAAUAUUACAUCACAGGAUUUUUAUGUAUUAACCCUAUACAACUGAGUUUUAAUCAUAUAAGUAAUCCAAAUGUGAGAAAGCAAUGGUAUUUUCCUUUUGGGAUGCUCUUGUGACAAUAGAACUGUCACUAUUUUAUGGCAGCGUAACAUGAAUGUCUGUAAUGUGAUUUGCACAAAGUGGCUAAUACAUCAGUGCACAUGAUCUGUUAACUAUUGCUUGAUUAUUGAACUGAUCUUUCUUGAGUCUCCUGUCUUGUCCUGACCUCCUGCACCAAUGGGUCCACUUUACUGUAGGCAUCGACCACUUCAUAGAGAUGCAGCUAUGAACACAUAGGCAUGUACUGUGACAGACAGAGCUCAUUGCCCAGUAACUAAAGAAGUCAAUGAAAACAUCUUUGCCACUGUGCUAGCAAAGGGGGCACAAAAAACUGACCUGUUUAUAAUUUUCUUUAAAGACGUUCCCAAAAAGAUGUUCAGAGUGCACUUCUUCUUCUUCU